CAGAAAAAUAUCUCAGAUAUAUAUCUAACACUAGUGUUCUGGAAAAAAAAAAGAGAGAGAAACAUGUCCAGUAAUAUCCAGGUACGAGGGCAGCCACUUCCUAGGGUUCCAGCAAGAAACCACCAUAUGACACUGACACACUUGCUUGUUUGCGGCGUUUCCACAAAACGCCACCACCGUGAAAUCAACGCAAUCAGCCGUAAUAGAAGUCCAUCGUUGGAUUCGGUCCCAACAAGAACCGACAAGAGGCAGUUUCUUCGUGGUGACGGUAACGGUAAAUUCGGGAGGUUCGGUGGGAAGUUUGUACCGGAGACAUUGAUGUCUCGCCUGAUGGAACUUGAAGACGAAUUUAAUUUUGUUAUGAGCGAUCACGAAUUUCAGGAGGAGCUUACCACAUCGUUAAGAGAUUACGUAGGAAGAGAAACGCCUCUCUACUUCGCCGAGCGUCUAACCGAACACUACAAGAACAUAGUUCCAACCAUCGAAGGUGGACCUGAGAUAUACCUGAAACGGGAAGAUCUUAGCCACUGUGGGUCUCACAAAAUCAAUAAUGCUCUCGCUCAGGCCAUGAUUUCCCGGCGGCUUGGUUGCAGCCGUGUGGUGGCGGCCACUGGAUCCGGACAACAUGGAGUCGCCACAGCGGCUGCAUGUGCAAAGCUCUCCUUGGAAUGUACCGUUUUCAUGGGAGCUACUGAUAUAGAGAAACAAUCCUUUAAUGUACGUUCCAUGAAACUCCUUGGUGCUCAGAACUUAAAAUUCGUUUUAUAUAUUGAUCUUAAAAGGUGCAUGAAAUCAGUGGAAGGAACAUUCAAAGAUGCAAGUUCAGAAGCUAUUCGAAACUGGGUCGAAAACCUAUAUACCACAUACUACUUAUCGGGUACUGUGGUAGGACCGCAUCCGUGUCCGAUAAUAGUACGUGAGUUUCAAUCUGUGAUCGGGAAAGAGACAAGAAGUCAAGCCAAUCAACUCUGGGGUGGUAAGCCUGAUGUAUUGGUGGCUUGUGUGGGAAGUGGCUCCAACGCAUUGGGUUUGUUCCAUGAGUUUGUUGGGGAUAAGGAUGUGCGGUUAGUCGGUAUCGAGGCUGCGGGGCUCGGUCUGGAUUCGGGGAAACAUUCAGCUACUUUGGCCGUUGGAGAUGUUGGUGUAUACCAUGGUUCCAUGAGCUAUUUAUUGCAAGAUGAUCAAGGACAGAUACUUAAACCACACUCCGUAGGAGUUGGGUUAGAGUAUCCCGGAGUUGGACCGGAGAUUAGUUUCAUGAAAGAAACUGGCAGAGCCGAGUUCUAUACAGCAACAGACGAAGAAGCCAUUCAAGCGUGCAUGCGAUUAAGCAGAUUGGAGGGAAUAAUACCGGCAUUGGAAGCAUCUCACGCACUCGCGUUCCUCGACAAACUCGUUCCUACUCUGCGCGAUGGAGCCAAGGUGGUCGUGAAUUGCAGUGGCCGUGGUGACAAAGAUUUAGACACUCUCAUCCAACGAGGCAUGCCCUCUUCUUUGUGUUGACUCACCAAGAUGCGACAUUACACUAAACCCUCUUAGAAAACGUCUAUAUAGUCCAAUUACAACCAUCAUUGUGGAUGAAAUACUAAUACAUCAAUCAUUAUUUG